CGGGAACCGCAGUGGUGGCGGCGGCUGGGGGCCGUGAGAGCGGCGUGGGGCUGCCCCUCCCCGGAGGCGGCGGGGGCGGCCAGGGCCGCGCCGCACCGCACCGCGCGGACGGUCAUGGAGCUAGCCUAGGGCCGGACAGGACUGGUGAAUUCAUAAUUGUGGGCCUGUCAUGAAGAACAGAAGGCCUUACUUUGCUACUAAAACCAACUUUUGACCAACUUAUAGUGUCAGCAUGACAGCUAAAGCUGCCUAGAAGAGAAUGUAAUGCAAAGAUACCACUUCUCAUUGGUUUUUCUUAACAGAAACAAAAGAAGAAUGCCUAUUUGGACCUAGAAAAUCUUGAGGGUACAUCUGUCAUCCAAGAGAUAGAGAUCAGAGGCUUAUGCAGAAACUAGUGAACUUUGGUGGGUGUUCAAGAUCUGUACUUUGUGACAAGGUAACAACCCCUUGAGAGGAGAGGGUGCUAAUUUGAGUACCUGAUAAAAGGAAGAGAUCAAGGAAUAUGAACUUACGAGUUUAAAGAGAACAGAACCAAGAACCAAGAUUGAUGAGGCAAUAAAGUCUAUCACUCCAUCUCUUGAAUGUUGACCUGCAGCAUGUGUAUAGCUAUGCGUCAUUUAUCCAAUGAUGGAAAAUAAAGAGUUGUGGCGGCGCGUUAAUGAAGAAGUGGAACAAUGUGUAAUCAUGGAGUCUCCUUGCUAGUCAUCACCACCUGCUCUCCUUGAUAAGUGAUCGAGAGAUUGGGUCAGGGGAAGAAAAAGAAGUCAACAUGAAGCUGAAGCAGCGAGUUGUACUAUUAGCAAUACUCCUUGUCAUCUUUAUCUUCACCAAAGUUUUCCUGAUUGACAACUUAGAUACAUCAGCUGCCAACCGGGAGGAUCAGAGGGCUUUUCACCGAAUGAUGACUGGCUUGCGAGUAGAGCUGGCACCGAAGCUGGACCACACCUUGCAGUCUCCUUGGGAGAUUGCAGCCCAGUGGGUGGUGCCCCGGGAAGUGUACCCUGAAGAGACCCCAGAGCUGGGGGCAAUCAUGCAUGCCAUGGCCACCAAGAAAAUCAUUAAAGCUGAUGUGGGUUAUAAAGGGACGCAGCUGAAAGCCUUACUGAUCCUUGAAGGAGGACAGAAAGUUGUCUUCAAACCUAAGCGAUAUAGCCGAGACUACGUGGUGGAAGGGGAGCCGUAUGCUGGUUAUGACAGACACAAUGCAGAGGUGGCAGCCUUUCACUUGGACAGGAUUCUGGGUUUCCGUCGCGCUCCUUUGGUGGUUGGCAGAUUUGUUAAUCUGCGAACAGAAAUCAAGCCUGUUGCCACGGAGCAGCUGUUGAGCACCUUCCUAACUGUAGGAAACAACACUUGUUUCUACGGGAAGUGCUAUUACUGCCGAGAAACAGAGCCAGCAUGUGCCGACGGAGACACGAUGGAAGGAUCUGUCACACUUUGGCUUCCAGAUGUAUGGCCUCUGCAGAAGCACCGACACCCUUGGGGCAGAACUUACCGAGAAGGCAAACUGGCCAGGUGGGAGUAUGAUGAGAGCUACUGUGAUGCCGUGAAAAAAACAUCUCCGUAUGACUCAGGCCCGCGCCUCUUGGACAUCAUUGACACCUCUGUCUUUGAUUACCUAAUUGGCAAUGCUGACCGCCAUCAUUAUGAGAGCUUUCAAGAUGAUGAAGGUGCUAGUAUGCUCAUCCUUCUCGAUAAUGCCAAAAGCUUUGGGAACCCCUCGCUGGAUGAGAGAAGCAUUCUUGCCCCUCUCUAUCAGUGCUGCAUCAUUCGGGUUUCCACUUGGAACAGACUAAACUACCUAAAGAACGGAGUGCUGAAGUCUGCCUUAAAAUCUGCCAUGGCCCAUGACCCCAUCUCCCCCGUGCUCUCAGAUCCUCACCUGGACGCUGUGGACCAGCGGCUGCUGAGUGUCCUGGCUACCGUGAAGCAGUGCACUGAUCAGUUUGGGAUGGACACUGUGCUAGUGGAAGACAGGAUGCCUCUCUCCCACUUGUAAUUCUCAACACAAAAUAAGUGAAACUUAUUUUUACAAGAUACAGAAACAGCACAAUCAAUUCCAGAUGGUAUCAGAUGGCUUUGGAAGUUGCCAGCAGCAAAUUUUGGUAGAGGACAGGAUGGCCUUGGGUGUCUUUGGGGUUUUGUAUCUUAGAAACUAAAGCAGACAUAUUUCAGAACUCGAGAUGUUCCUGCAGAACCACUUUCUGAGUUCCUCAGUAGUGGCUCAUUUUAGCAAUGGGGAUUAGCAUUUUUGGUCAGUUUUGUCUCCCAUGCCAAAGGACAAACAGGUGUGACAUUCAGAUAGGUGAAAGCUGCACUUGCUUCCAGACUAUUUUGAGGUGAACUUUACAGUCCUUUCUCCACACUUGUGGAUUUUGUGGAAACAUUUUACAAUUUCUUGUCUUUUUUUUUUUUUUUUUUUUUAAACCAGGACUACUCAAAUUGGAAAGUUUACUGCUACCUACAGAGUAGCAGCGAAUAAAACCUUGCAUUCUGUUGAGCCAAAAUAGAAUGCUCUGUUGGAGAGGGAUAUGUUUGUAAGAUAGAAUUGGUGGGAAGGGCAAAAAGCAGGAGAUACUCCAGCUAGUGAGCAACUGCGUUGUGUGGUUUGGUGAUCUUAGAGGAGGGAAGAAGGGAGACACUGAGUGGAGCCUCUGGGAGAUACUGAACAGAAAGAAAGCUGGCUGCCCUGUGCUUAGGUUCCAAAGUAUCUAAAAGGCAUGUAAGUAAAAUCUGUUCUCACAGCUCUGUCCAAAUUAACAGAAACAUUGUCUCUAGAGAAAAUAUCUUUACAACCCAAGCAUGAUUCUCUUACUGAGACUAAUGUCCCCUUUUGCUUAAAGCUGUCACAUCCUUUCUAAAUUAACAAAGCAAACUGAAAUAAUACCGUGAAUAAGAGUCAGGUUGCCUGUGAUCCCUGCUGUCCUCAUUUUUCUUCUGAGAUGAAUUCCCACUUGGGGUUCUAAGAUACUGGUCAUUAAAGAUGCUGUUCCUAGGAGAUCAGCGACUCUGUUUUUGCCUUUCUUACAAGGAAAGGCAGUUAUGCCACCUUGUGUGCACCUUGCUGGUGGAUAAACUGAGUUUAUGAUGAGCCAUUCAGAAGACUAGAAUCCAAGAUACUGAGCCUUCUACACCUUGAAGUUAAGGGGGUGGCCACAAGGAGCCAUAAGAUUUUGAUUUAUGUCAAAUCCUAAUUUCAUCACUUAGUCUCAUUUGGAGUUCUUCCAUCUCCUCUUAAUACUCCCAAAUUCGUGUUGCUAAAACAUAGUUUUAGUAUCAUGUUUUGGCAAAAUGAUCCUAACAUGUAAGCAGCUGCAGGAUAUUACAGGCCUGGGCUGCCUGCUCACUUGUACACUCAGAGCUGUGUGUGUCCCUCCUGCGUCUCGUCCAGUAGCUAUUUCAGCUUUGUACUUCUGUCAGAAAAAAUAUACUUACACGAUGUGGUUGAGCAAAUUUAAUGUCAGGGACUCUUGACCACCACCCUUUCAAAAACAGCUUUCCAAUUUGUGCCCCAAUUUUCUGGCACUGAAAAAUAACUGAGUAACUUGUAACUACUUUAAAAUAGCAUGAAAUUAGGAAACCAUUGUAAUUUUUAUAGACAUUUUGUUGGUGGACAUAGGAGUGACUGUGAAAGAUGUCCUAGCCUGGCAGGGUGGGGUACACCUGUAAUGCCAGCAUUUGGGAAGCUGUGGCAGGAGAGUUCACUGUGAGUUUGGUGACACCCUGUCACAGAGACCAAAAGAAAAAAAAAAGGCUCCUGAAUUUAAGAAGCAGAUACUAGCACAAAACACUGAAACAGUGUUAAAAGAAGGCAUUGGUUGCGAUUUUUAAGGCCACUUGCUAUGUGUGUUCAGGGAAAUUCACAGUUCAGCUUGAGAAUACCUUGGUUUAGUGCUUCCCCAAAACUGGGAACCCGCUGGCAGGGGGCAGUAGAAAGGGCAUCAGUCAGUCCUGGGUUAGCCACGGUGCCUUUGUGCAGCACCGGGAAAUGAGGAAGAGCUGUCCGGACUGGGAACUUCAGGAAGGCUGAAGACGGUGAGCUGCGAGGGGAGAAACAGGAAGGAGACCUGCUGGGAAAACUUCAUCCUUGCUUCAAAGCAUUUGCAAAAAUGUGUCAUUCCAUUCUUUUCCUUAUUACUUUCAAACUAAGAAACACUAAGUUUUGUGUGAAAAAAAGAGAUGCUUUUUAAAAAACGAUUUGUAAUGCUGUCCUCUUCUUAGUUUUGAUUGUUAAACUCUGGCUCAGGCUGCUACAACCAAGUCAUUGGAGGGGGUUUGGUUAGUUCUAAGUUGGGGCUGACAGCUGAACACGUAGAUGUGGAUACAUUUUAAUACUAAAAAAGAAGAAAAAUCAGAGGUGAUUGCCAUUUGCUGUUCUUCCAUGUCUUCAAAAUGUGUAUUUUGAAGUUUAAAUGUAGAAUAUUGAGUAUAGAAGUUUUAUUUUAAAACUGUUCUUUAAUGAGGCUACAUUGUGGUUGGGAGAAGAGUAUAUAUAAUUUUCUGUGCUGAACAAAUUAAUAUGAUGUAAUUUGCUCAGAGUGUUGUUCAAUAUAUUUUAAGACAUUUCUCCCUGUUUGCACUCAGGGUUAGUAUGUCAAAUGAAAUUUAGGAAGAAAAUGGAGAAAUUCAGGUAUAUUUAUUUGCACAGUAUUUUGGAAGAAUUGAAUCCUGUACAUGGCAGUUUUUCAAUGUCACCUGGGUGCAGCAUUGUCUUCCAAAGGAAUCUGUCUUGUCUUUAACACAAACCAACUCUGGACUCCUCAUCCCAUACCCGUCCUCCUCAGCCUCCCUGCUCAGCCUGCCUGUCUCCUCUCGGGCGGUAGAGCAGCCUCGUGGGGAGCUGUCCUGACAGUUCCUCUGUGAGCACGGGCGAAGCUGUACAUCCUGACAAAGGUGGCUGUGUAUUAAGCUAAGGAAAAUGUAUUUAUUUUGACACAAGGAAACACAAUGCAGAGGUACUUGAAGCUGUUAAAAGUUCUCUUUGCAGUCUCUGUGAGUGCACGCUAUGUGACGUAAAGGCUCUGGCGAGCCAGGUGGGCCUGAACCUGACUCCGGAUACCUGGCCUCGGGGAGGCCAGCUGGGCCCCUUUCCCUCCUGAAGUCUGGAUGGUGACUAGGGCCUGGGUACCAUACUGUCACAGAUAUUUUGAAACCAAGGUGUUCCUCACAAAUGAAAAGUGAGGAAACUGGGAAUAACUUACUCGGGAGUUAAUUUAUUUGCUUUAAGGGAGGUAUGGGAAUCACCACCCCUUGUUUGAUUGCCAAGGAUUUCCUCUCAGAGCUGUUGCACAAAUAGAGGUUCUUGGUAAGAGACUGAAUAAGAGACACACCCCAAUUUCUAGUUUGUUCUUUGGGUUCCGAUUCUGAAAAACAAAAAAUAAAGAUUUUAAUAAACAUGGAGAUACAA